AUGGCUGGAGCCUCAAGUCUGCUUGCAGCUGUGUCGAUUCUCUCAGCCUGUCAGCAAAGUUAUUUUGCUUUUCAGGUUGGAAAAGCAAGGAAAAAAUACAAAAUCGCACCUCCAGCAGUUACUGGGUCACCAGACUUUGAGAGAGUCUAUCGUGCACAUGUUUGCUACUUUUCUGGGUCUGUUGUACAUGUAUGCUCGUCACCAGUACUUUUUUGGAUAUUCAGAAGCUGCUAA